AUGUCGUUUGUCCCAGGAAUUUCCCACAAGUUAAAGUGUCUAAUUGAACAUAACAUCAUGGCAAGCCCCUUGGAAGAAAACAUCCUUGAAAAGGAUUUCAGGAUCUUAACAUCUCUGGGCUCUGGUGAAUAUGGGGAGGUGAAGCUUGCCUGCCACCUUCCUACACAUACACAGGUGGCUGUCAAGGUCCUGGAGAAGAGAAAGAAUUCUCUGGCUGACAUCAAUACUGAAGUGGAGAUACUUCAGUCUGUGGAACACAGAAACAUAGUUAAUUUCUUUCAUGUUAUUGACACAAGUUCAACAACUUAUCUGAUCAUGGAAUAUGUUUCAGGAAAGGACCUGGAAAAUUUCCUCAGGGACAGAGACUUUCUAAAGGAGGAUGAGGCCAGACCAAUAUUCCAACAGGUCGUUUCAGGAGUUCAUUUUCUCCACCAAAAACGAAUUGCCCAUUGUGAUAUUAAAUUGGAAAAUAUCCUUAUUGACGGAGCUGGCAAUGUCAAGCUUUGUGACUUUGGUAUGGCCAGACAGCUGGCAGAGGGGCAGAUGUUGGAGGAAUUUUGGGGUAGCUUGCUCUAUUUGGCUCCAGAGAUUUUGGCGGGGAAACCCUACGAUGGCCUGGAGGGAGAUAUGUGGAGCUUGGGAGUCCUCCUAUAUGUACUGGUCACAGGACAAUUUCCAUAUGAGGAAACCACCGAUGAAGGUAUGUACAGGGUCAUCACCACCACAAAGUAUCCCAUUCCCUACCACUUGUCAAAACCCUGCAUCAUCCUCAUUGAGCAAUUACUGAUGGUCCCCAACAAGCAAAGAAUAACAAUAUGUCAGCUCCAGGAAAGCCAAUGGCUGGGCAACAUUAAAGAACAUGCAGCACCUGCAACCAAGGAAUUCCUUCCCAGGGUCAUGGAGACCAUGUGCACCAUGGGCUACACCCAUGAAGAGAUUGUAUCAUCUCUGAAACACAAGCAACCAAAUAACUUAAUGGCAACCUUCAAUAUCCUCAAAUACAAACUGAGCUGUGGGCUUACACAGGGAUUCAGGGAUCACAAUGGAGUGUGCAUGGAGCAGGAAAACAGUGCUCUCAAUGCAUGGAAAAUACUCUUCUUCAUCAGCUUCCAGGCCCUGAGUGACCUGGAUCUAGAAGUUCUGACACAGGGAUUCAGGGCUCACAAUGGAGUGGGUAUGGAGCUGGAAAACUGUGCUUUCAAUAUAUGGGAAUUUCUCUUCUUCAUCAGCUUCCAGACUCUGAGUGGCUUGGAUCCCAAGGAUAUAGGUCCAUCCUGA